CUACAGCCAUUCGAAAUACAAAGUUCAGGAUCACGGAUGUGUCGUUGGCGUCGGAAGCUAUCUUCCGGGGAGGCGGUCAGAUCAUCCCCACUUCUAGGCGGGCCUGCUACUCCUCGUUCCUGAUGGCCUCCCCUCGACUGAUGGAGCCUCUAUACUCCGUCUCUGUGACUGGCCCUGAGGACUCCGCAACAGAGGUCUAUACAACAUUGGCUAGGCGCCGUGGUCACGUCCUUCAGGAUGGACCUGUGGCCGGCACGCCGCUCUACCGCGUCAACGGUCUGAUUCCUGUCAUCGACUCCUUUGGCUUCGAAACGGACCUGCGCAUCAAGACCAAGGGUAUGGCCAUGGUCAGCUUGACGUUUGACAGUUGGAGCAUUGUGCCAGGUGAUCCUCUCGACAAGGAGGUCAUUCUGCGGCCGCUGCAGCCGGCGAGCGCACAAGCCACGGCCAGAGACUUUGUGCUGAAGACGAGAAGGAGAAAGGGUCUCAGCGAGGACGUAAGCGUGGCCACCUUCCUGGAGCCUGAGUUCUAUCAAAGCCUCAUGGAGAGUGGCGCUCUUGGCGACUAAGGAGCUAUUCAGUAGUGUGUGGUGGGAGAGCAGCAGCAUGCAGGAAUGUAACAAGGUCAGCGGUUCUAACGAUGCGGCUGUUGAGACAGUACGGCCAGGCGCUUGCGUGUGGACCGGUGGUCAUGCAAGUCGC